GCUAUUGCAGUCAUUCCGAAGUCGACGUUACCCCCCGUUACGCGCACUGCGUAGCGCCUUAAAUGCCAAGUACACUCUUAUUCGUUUCGUCAUUGACUGGAGUAACUAUUUAAAUAAGGUGCAGUGGGUACAUAGUGCUAAAGGUGAUGAAUUUCUGAUAAAUCAGCCGAGUGUGCCAGCGCUUGUGGGAAUACUUAUACUUAGGUCAGGACAAAUGCCGAGUUACUUUAUGCUUCGGCACUCGCACUUUUUGUAAUUGAAUCGGCUCGUGAUAACAGACUGUAGGGAAGAAGAGCGACUGAAAGAUGGGGGCUGUCAGCGCCAUCCUUUUCGUUUUCAUCGGUUGCUGUAGCAACGUCGUGUUCCUCGAACUGUUGGUCAAAGAUGAACCGGCUUGCGGGAACAUCAUCACGUUUUUCCAGUUCCUCUUCAUCGCAGUGGAAGGCUUCGUAAGCGUCACGAACUUCGGCCAGACUAAAAAUGUCAUUCCAAUCAAGGAAUACCUCAUCCUAGUCUUCAUGUUCUUCACCGUCAACGUCACCAACAACAUGGCCUUCGGGUUCAAGAUAUCCAUGCCACUGCACAUCAUUUUCAGGAGUGGAGGACUCAUUGCGAGCCUGAUCAUGGGCGUGUUAGUCCUGGGCAGGAAAUACACCAGGACGAAGUACGCCUCGGUUCUCAUGAUCACGUUAGGGACCAUCAUCUGCACGCUGGCCUCGGCGGAAAACUUGGACGACGAAGAACAAGUGGCCGAGGGAGGCGUGUCCAGCUUCGUCACAUGGAUGAUGGGAAUCGGAAUUCUGACCUUCGCGCUCUUCAUGUCGGCCAGAAUGGGAAUAUUCCAAGAGCUGCUCUUCACCAAAUACGGGAAGCAUCCGAGAGAAGCCCUCUUCUAUAUUCACCUGAUGUCUCUCCCUGGCUUCAUCCUGACGGCCGGAAGCAUCGCUGACCACGCCUCCAGGUUUACGAACUCGGAGCCCCUGAUGUUCUUCAUCGACAUACCCAUCCUGUCGGUCCUACCCAGACUGUGGGUAUUCCUCGCUGGCAACGUCGUCACUCAAUUCUUAUGUGUAAGCUCCGUGUUCCGCCUGACAUCCGAAUGCAGUUCCCUCACUGUGACUCUGGUUCUGACACUGAGGAAGUUUGCGUCUCUGGUCUUCUCCAUCAUCUACUUCCAGAACCCCUUCACCUUCUACCACUGGGUGGGGACCGUUCUCGUCUUCGCUGGAACUCUCCUCUUCACGGGGGUCAUAGGGCCUGCGGCAGCGCCCUCAGUUGAACAGAAGACAUCGGACGCUGAGCAUGACAAGGAAGAGUGAUGGAUGGUUCUAGGAUACUUAAGAUUGGUAACACAUUGUGGACAGUAUUGCCAAUUCUUCACCGAUGAAAGACAUGACAGCAUGAGAGUGAAGUUUAUCCUGAUGAUUUGUUGAUAUUUUGCACAAUAAAGUUUAUUCUUAAUACAA